AUGUCGGAUCGGUGGAGGGUCCUCUCCCUGCUGAGGCAAUGGCCAUCAAAUAGUGAAGGAGCUGGCAAAGUCAGCCUCUUGAAGAAAGUACCGGCACUAAAGGAUGGAGACUUCACCCUAGCAGAAUGCACUGCCAUUCUGCUGUAUCUGAGUCGAAAGUACAACACUCCCGACCACUGGUACCCAUCAGACAUACAAAAACGGGCCCAGGUAGAUGAAUACCUCUCGUGGCAUCAUGCUAACAUCCGGGCUAAUGCUCCUAAGACCAUGUGGAUCAAGGUGCUGAUUCCCCUCUUCACAGGGCAGCCACUGCCCUCCGAGAAGCUCCAGGAGGUUAUGGAGGGGCUGUCCACUUCCCUGAAGCAAUUUGAGGAGAGGUUUCUGCAGGACAAGGCUUUUAUCAUUGGGAGUGAGAUCUCUCUGGCAGAUCUUGUGGCCAUUGUGGAGCUGAUGCAACCUGUUGGAGUUGGUUGCGACAUUUUUGAAGACAGACCGAGGCUGAUGGAGUGGCGCAGGCGGGUGGAGGAUGCUGUGGGGAAAGAGCUUUUCUUCCAAGCCCAUGAGAUGAUCCUCAAUAUCAAAGAACUGAGCAACAUUCAAAUUGACCCACAGCUGAAAGAGCAUCUGGCACCUGUGUUGAUGAAGAUGUUGAAAUGAAUUAACCUAUCUUACCAUUUUUCCUGCCCCUUUUUUUUUUUUUGACGACUUCUCUGACCUCCAGUUCUACAUGUAACUGGAAAGAGCACUGUAAUUCUAACACAGAAAUUGCAGAGUGUUUCCCCCCCCUGCCCCCAGGCCUUUCCUGUAUCUUUGGGGGUGGAAGCUAGGGAAGGUUUAAGACCUGAAUCAUUAAAUCUGUACAAAAGGCUGAGGCCCUACAGGUCACUUAACAUGUGCAUCUGGGUUUUAUUUCAGUGUCAGUCUUCUCAGAGAUGGUAGAGACACAAAUGGUAUUUCCUGACAAAAUUUGAGCCAGCCUGCAAACUGGGAACAUUAGAGAACUAUAUAGGAUGAGCGUUGUUUUCAUGUGUUUUUAACAUUUUCAGCUCCUUCUCACAAGUGGCAAGCACUGCAAAGUGUGCCUGAUCCUCACCUUCCCAGCACGUGUCUGCACAGACAACUACAGCACAAAACUACAGGCAGUCACAAAAGUGAAAAAAGACUUUGAAUUUUUUUUUUUUUUUUAAUUUUAAAGUUUCUUAUUGCUGAGGCAUCUUGCUUGGCUAUCCAUGUACAUUCCACACUUCUAUUUGCCUUUAGGUUCCUGUGAGAAGUUUCUUCAUAUUCAUCUACAAUUAUGAACCUUCGUAAUUCUUCAGUUUAAUCACUACUCUUCAUUUCUGAAAGCCUGGGUUUCACUGGUGCUCGGUCUGCCAGUACACGUGGCAGGGGCUGUUCUUGGAGAUUCAUGCAGUAAAGACCAAGCAACUUCAGAAAGCUGAGGGUGGCCACAGCCUUCGAAUAACUGCCUACCUAGAGUACUCUGUUGCUAUUAUAUAGGGAAUAGAUUGAAAGAAUGCAUUCACAGUGAUUUCUUGACAUAUGCCAGCAAUCAAAUUGCUUUUUUCUGCAGUAAUACUGCAAUAGCAAUCCAUAUUUCUCCUAGAAACUGCAGAGGGGGAAUAAAUCUAGACGUGCUCUUCUGAGACUCUUUUGGUUGGAAGUUCACCAAGUAAGUCACCCUGUGCAACUGAAGUAAUAAGAAAGAUUUUGUGGCAUUGAGCAACAUAUGCAUCACAAUAAAAGGGCAGAGAGUUGUUUUGAAGCUUUUGGGCUCUUUUUCUUCGCUGUGUUUAUGAGGUAAAACUGAGAGAAUCCAACAAUUUCUAGUUUCUUCUGUUGAAAAUAGCAAAUUGUAAAGGAUGCAGAAACUGGUGGAUAUAUAUCUCUGCAUAUUUCCGUUCAUAAGUAGUUGUUGCCCUUGAACCUUACUCUGAAAUCCUUGCCCAAGAAUGCUUCCUGGAAGGAAUAAGACAAAAUGAGUAAAUAAUUCAGGAAUGGCUUCUCUCGCUAAUCAAAUAGCUGCUAUCCUUUCCAGUACUACCGUGUCUUGGCUAGUGACAUUUCUGCUAGUAAGUUCUAUACAACCUGAUGUGUUCUGGUGAUGUUUUUUGCUAAGGUUUCAGUUCUAGAUAACUACUGAUUUAGUUCAGAGCCUAGGGAGAUCUUUAAAUUCCCUGUCUGGAAAGAGAUUUCCAUUGUAUACUUCAGCUUGCAUUAGCAGGAAAUUUUGUUUUGUGAUUAUGUUCUCUGUAAAGAUGAGAGACCUGACUGAAGGCCCUCUCUUUUCAUGAACCAAAAAUAUUAGAAAAAGGCAUACGUUUAUUCCCACCCUUCCUUUCUUUUCUUCCCAAACAGUAGCUGAAUAAUAUGUUUUUAUUGAUGUUUUAUUCACAAAAUAUUGUCUACAACUGAGUUAAAUUUUAAAUGGGAAGUGGUUGAUUUUUUUGAUAAUUUUGAGAGUGGAAUUGCUAAGUGGAUGGUGACAUGUGCAAAUGUCUGCAGGAGGGAAAAAAAACUACCAUGAUUUUCCAAAGGCUGAGCAUGUUUGAGAGUACUUGCUGCUGUGCUGUCCUCUUCUGGUUGUAUGUUUAUCCCCCUACAAGCAUUUUAAUCACCCGCUCCAAGACAGAAACAAAACAAAUGUCUUUAGUUUAAAAACUCUGGGAGGCCGUGAACAAUCUACCAUUCACAUGGUGAACCAUCAAGAGUGAAGGACAACGCAUAUCAUUAAAGAUGUUUGUGACAGCUCCAUGUCCUGUUGUAAUUGCUGACAUCCAAUACUUGAAUCUUCUCUUUUCCUUCUGGAGGCCUUCUGAUAUGCUGGUUUCUUGUCGUGGGGUUUUUUGGCCUUGGAAUUGGAAGAGAUUUUUAGUAUUUGAAGGAAUGAGAGAGAUAUAGAAAAAUGGAUCCUAAAUGGCAUCUUACCUGGAGGCAAUGACUGCCAGCAAUCAGGCAGUGGUGGGCUUGCUCCUGGGGUUUGCAAGGUGGCUGAAUACCCCCACUGCCUUCGUUUCGGUGACAAACUCGGGAUCAUCUCUUCUAUUUAUAAAAUUAUAUCUUUCUGUAAAUUUAUCCUGGAAUCUAACAGUUUUCCUGGGUUAUUUCUGCUGCUGCUUUCCUGGAUUUGAAUGGAGUGUUUGUAUUACCGCUUACCACUACAAGCAGCCACCCCCUGCCAGCCUGCUGUGCCCCGUCUCCUCUCCGGUUGGGUCUCUCUCUUUACAAUCUCUCUCCUAGAAAUCUUUUUCCAGCCUUAUUGCUGGCUGGUUUAUAGACACUGCUCCUCGUGCCAGUAUUGUCUUCAUUAGCAGUGAAGGCCAAGCAAUUCCCCCAGAAAAAAAAAUGAGCAAUUCCAUCAGUUUUCAUUAGGAUUGUCUAGAACUGUAGAAAACCAAAAAGUUACAUUAUACAGGGUCAAUUUUCACAAUGGUGCUGUGCCUUAAACAAGAUGACCUUUUAAUCUAGCCGGUUCAUAACCUUUUGCUGUAAAUGAGCACAUGUAACCCUCACUGGACAGUAGCUCAGCUUCUGAGAAACCUCUGAUCUCUAGAUUAGACACCUCUGAUCUGUAGAUUAGACUGUCCCUGUGAGCCAGCCUGCUGGGGUCCCUUUUAUCAACUUUGGAGCUCAAAGUCCUGAAUGCAGAAGCUAGUUUGGUAAUUAUAUAUAUUGGAUAAAAAAAAUAAACC